UGGUUGUCUGGUCUUGGGUUGAUUAUGAGAAGCUGACGGAUGAUGAUAGUGGCCGGCUUUGAGCAGCAGCAGCAACAUUUAUUCAUGCAUAAGACGUCAAAUAAGUGCUGCUACUUAGCGUUCACGCACAGCCGGGAAUGGGUGGUUUGCAUGGUGUUGCGUCAGGGAAAACUGUGAUGGCGUUCUCGUGACUCGGGCGGUGUUGUGUGUUGGCUGCGGCGCUAUUUGUUUGAAGAGUUUUUAUCGUUGUCUCCACGGACAGCGUCCCAUCGAUCAAUAAUCCUGUCUAAGAUUAUCCCUUGCGUGCUGAAGGAGUGUCGGGCGGGUGGUUGUGUGUUGGGAGAGCGGCUUUUCUCUCCCGUUUUUACUGGUUGUGUGCGGGAUGGUAGCCGCGUGUGAAGAGAAUACGGGGGAUUUUUUCUCAACUUUUUUCCGGGUUUAAUCCGCCGUGGGCGAUAAUCUGAAGAAUAUCUUUCUGGGAGGUUGUUUCGGGGUGGUGUGUUUGGUUGAGAAUUAAUCGGAUUGGAUGGUCCCCUUGGUGUUCCCUCGCGGGAGGAAUUAUUUCCGAUAUUUCGACUGACGGGGAAUAAAUAAAGGGGACCCACUGUUUGGUGCGUUUGUUUCUCUCCACGGAUUUCUUAACUGGACUGUCCUGACCUGUUGGGUACAAACUACAAUGCACGAUUUCUACGAGAUUCUGGAGAUUACACGGACGGCGUCGGAUUCGGAGAUCAAAAAAGCAUACCGGCGUUUAGCGCUGCGCUGGCAUCCCGACAAGAAUCCCGAGCAGAAGGAUGAGGCCGAACGCAAGUUCAAGCAGAUCUCACAGGCCUAUGAAGUGCUGUCAGAUGCGAAAAAGCGCGGAAUUUACGAUACACAUGGCCACGAGGGUCUAGCCGGGCAUGCUGCGGGACAGUCGCGUCGUGGCGGCUCCACCCGACAUCGCCAUCACCGGCCGACCGAUCCCUUCGGGUUCGGAUUUACCGCCUUCGACGAUGAUAAGUUCGAUGAUCCCUUCGCUUCCUUUGGCUUCACUUUCCGGGAUCCGUUUGAUCUGUUCCGCGAGUUCUUUGGUGGCGACCCAUUUUCAGAUCUGCGUCAGGAUCGCUAUCGUAACGCAUUUUUCGGCUUCCCACCACCGGUGUUCUCCUUCGGCUUCGGCAUCAGUCCCAUGCUGCGCCAUGCAUUCAGUACCGAUCAUAUGCUAGACCAUCAUCAUAAUCACGGCUUCUCAGCCUUUACGGCCUCCACCACCAACUUCGAGACGUUCGCCCAUGAUACACCGGCCAUCCGUCGCAUCACCACCACCACCAAGGUGGUCAACGGCAAGAAAAUCUCCACGAAAAAGGUUUUGGAGAAUGGAGUAGAGACGGUGCACGUGUAUGAAGAUGGGAAUUUGAAGUCCAAAUCGGUUAACGGUAUCCAGCAAGCGCUGCCACAUCAGCCGACGGCAUCGGUAGCCACUGCGCCGCCCGUGGCCCACACGAAAGAUUCAUCAUCCUCGUCCAACCGGCACGUCAGCCGCACGGCAUCCUCAGCCGGCGCGUCAUCCCACAGCAACGGCGCCGCUCACACCGACCCCCACCGCCCGGCCACCACCAGCAGCAAUCCCUACCACCACGGCCACCAUCAUCACCACCACCACCACACCGCCGUACAUAUCCCCGCCGCCCACCGCACCCCGGCCACCAGCGGGGUGUCCAGUACGAAGAAGAUGCGCGGAGAUGAUCAUACCAAGCGCAACUGGUAUGCCGGACAGACCACGACCCAGCACGCCUGAUCUACUGGCGAACGGGUCUGGCAUCCACACUCACUCUUUGGAUAAUUGUGGUGUUGUACUUCAGUUUGGGGGGCGCAUAGUGAACCAUUUGGGGAGCUCGUUGGUUUUUUUUUCUUUUCUGUGGUUUCUUUUUUUACACUGAUAACCGUUGUGGUGGGACGCGCGGCGGCGUGGCGAGUAGUAAUAUAAAUUUGGCGCUUGUUUUUCUUCCUCUCGCUUUAUAAUUAAUGCCUAAUGUUGCUAAUAAUGUGUUGUUUACAAACGGUAUCAAAUGUUUUUUUCGGGGGUUUGCAAGUUUUUUCUCUCGGAUGCUGGAGAUGCGGGAUAAUGAUGGUCGAUAUUUGUUUUUGCGGAGAGAACGAUGGGUUUUGAAUUCUGUUGCACAGGAAAAUGAGGACUGAUGUUACUGAAUGGACUGUGGCUAUUUUGGCUUGUACGUUGUAACAUGCGAUUAUGAAUAAAAUUUGGAGGCCGA